GAACAGUCAACCGCUGCUCCACCGCCGUCGCAAUCCGUCGUCACACCACGUUCUCGGCAUCCACCACCGCCUCCACCGAUGGCCUGAUCCGGUUUUCGUCCCGCUCCUCGGCUUCUCGAUGCCCCAACGUCGCCUCUCACCUCCGACCUCUUCCAGCGCCCUCCCCGUUCCCGUACGGCCUCCUCCAACGACCUCACUAACUAGGCCACCCUGGUUACUGUCGAUGGGAACUAUAGCGAGCGCCCACGGCGUUGGCGCUGACGAGGAGGCCUCGAGAAUACGGAGAUGUGGCCUGACCGCUCGAGCUUGCUUCUGCUUUUCCAGGAACCACCAGCGUAAGUCUUCACCUAUGGUCUGAUUGUAUAUUUUUAGUUAUAUACAAAUUUUGCAAAUCUUUGUGAAUCAUCCCCUCUCGCGAGCACCUCGAUGUUGUCUCGCAGGUCCAACGCCUUCAUAGCCUCCGGCCACCUGCAGCAACCCCAGGGUUGGCGUUGUGUCCCAGGCUGCGGGACAGCCCUGCUCCGGCAGCCUCGCCUAGCAGCUCUGGCACACGUGCAGGACGCGUCCCUGCUGUUCCCGUGCGACCAUGAAGUUGUGGAGGAUGCCCCCUUCCAUUGUGGAGAUGGUUUCUAUUGCGCUAGAGGGAGUUUCAUUUGUCGCCGAAAAAUUCUCAAUCCUUUAGUACAACUGCGGCUCUCUUCAAUCAUCCAUUAUUCAGUGUAUGAGAUCUUGGGUGAGUGCUACUAUGAUAGAAGAUGCGUAAAUAAUGUUUUAGUAAUGGAUGUUGGUUGCCUUUGUGAGAAGCUCUCAGGCUGUGUACAAGGAAACAGUAUGGUCGUAUCCCUUGGUGGUUAUCCUUGCAGCAGGCAUGAGCACGGGGACAAAAACUAAUUGCAGGCCAGGGAGGUUAGUAUAAGGCAAGCUGUUUAAAUUUCCAUGAUGCAACACCCAUCAAGUAUUCAGUUGGGAUUUCAAAACCGGGAUAACUAAAUACUGGGAGAUGAUAGACAAUUUUCCAGGUAACUCUUGUGAUUUUUGAAUGUAGGACCUGAAUAGUUGAUGUGUGUAGCAGAAGAAUGCAGAGCGACUAAUUAUUUGAGAUAAUUUUUUAACCUCAGAUAGGAUAAUGUGGGAUAUUAUUGGUUCAUCAUGUCUGCACUAAGAAGGCAAUGAACAUGAACCAAAUAAUUGAUCCGACUUAAUUUUGUUUGUUUGCUCUAUGUAUGGUAACACGUCUCUGUCAUGCUUAUUCUUAACUGCCACAUUUAUGGACAAGAACUCAUUAGUUAGUUUAGUUCCUCUUUUCUGUUCUACACUUAUAGCAUUAAGGGCAUCGUGCGAUAGUUAGCAGGUUCUUUUUGUGGUUGGUCAGGACAUCCUGCUACAUAGUUCGACCAUUUUAUUUAGUAUAAUUGAGAAACACGUCACUUGAUUUUUCUUUCAAGUUACAUUGAUGAGACAAUAGAUUGGCUAUAUAGUGUAAGUUUGUAGCAUGACUGUGAGGUCUAUUGCCCCCUAAAGUUUCAUAUAUUGCAUUACCUCAGUUCUUUUAAUGAUGUUUAGAUAGAUUGAUUUUCGUUCAUUCAUUAUGCAUUGCAAUGUUAACUUCCUCACUACCCAUUAAUUUCCAAUGUUCAUAUGUGAAGACAUGCUCAUAUGCACUUCUACGUCUCACAUGGUUAACCCUUUUUUGGAAUAGAAAGGCAGGAUGGAUAUUGUUUCAGUGUAGGUAUUCUUUAGUCUUCAGUGUCAAUUGCCCGACCCUUGAGCUCAUUAUCUCCCAUUCGUUCAAGACAACAAGAUAAAGAAAUAGCAUGUCAUGUGCAUCCAUUGAGAAUAGUUCUGAAUUAGCCUACUGAAAACUAUUGUAGUAUAUAGUUUGAGGAGGAACAAUGUAUUGUGAAAAUUAGUGAUUUUUCACUAAUAGGACGGUUACUAAUUUGGAGUGUAAUUUCACUCAUUUAUGUAGUAACUCUGAUCCUACUAUGCUGCUACAUGUGGUCUGGAACAAAAAAAAUUGUUAUGAAGCACAUGGAUUAUAGAGGUGGUAAUAAUGAAGUAUCCUUAUAAGGUGUUUGGUUCACACUUCUGUAACGUAGCGUCGUAGCCUAAGUUUUGAAUUGUUUUGCAGCUCUGCCUUGGUUGUUACUCACCUUCACUCCACUCUCCAUUAGCCAUGUCACAUUGGCUAGCGUUGUAGAGAGGUCGCCUAGAGAUGAUCUCAAAUUGCUCACAUGCCGGAACAUUGAUGAGAAAAAUCAACUGUGCUCCUCUAUCUACUGUCCGACACCUCCACCUUACAUAAUCCUAGGCCUCAUGCAAAAUGAAUGUAUGUUCUUGAGAUCCUGCCUAAAAUAUGGCAGAGGGACUUCAGAAAGGUUGCCCAUGUAUAAUACAGUAAAGCUGGCAUAUUCAGUGAUCAAGUGGUGGUAUAUUGAAUUAUAAUCUGACAUGUUAUCUUGAGU